CUUUUAUUGCCUUUCCAUCUCAGGCGACCGUUAGGACUCCUCCCCUAAACUCCCCAAACAAAACCCCAACACUCUCACUCAGCUUCAGCCUCUGUCUCUAGACCAUGACCGUCGCCACCGCAGCCUCAACCCAAACCAAGAAGCUCAUGAAGCUCGGCCUCUCUCUUUUCCGAUGGGGCUUCAACUCCUCCAAAUGCAAAACAGCGGCGAAGAUGGCGGUGGCGAGAAUAAAGCUGCUGAGGAACAAGAGGCAGGUGGUGGUGAAGCAGAUGAGGCGUGACAUUGCUUCUCUGCUUCAGAAAGGUGAAGACGCCACUGCUCGUAUCCGGGUUGAACAUGUGAUUAGAGAACAGAAUGUUUUGGCUGCCAAUGAGUUCAUUGAGCUGUUCUGUGAGUUAAUCGUGUCUAGACUUCAAAUCAUCGCUAAGCAAAGGGAGUGCCCGGCUGAUCUCAAAGAAGGGAUUGCUAGCUUAAUCUUUGCAACACCAAGGUGCUCUGAGAUUCCGGAACUGGUGGCACUAAGGAAUAUCUUUGAGAAGAAAUAUGGAAGAGAUUUCGUAGCUGCAGCUACUGAUUUGCGACCUGGAUGUGGUGUGAAUCGCAUUCUCAUUGACAAGCUGUCUGUUAGAACCCCUACGGGUGAAGUAAAGCUGAAAAUCAUGAAGGAAAUAGCGAAGGAAUACCAGGUUGAUUGGGAUACAACAGAAUCUGAACAAGAACUUCUCAAACCUCCAGAAGAGACUCUAGAUGGACCGCGUACUUUUGUUAGUGCUACCAGCUUGCCUGUGACAACCCAAUCUUUUGAGUCUAACAAGUCAGAAACCAGGCUUUCUUCCAGUUCGUUGCGCAGAACAAGUGGUGGUGGACAGAGGGAAACCAGUUCUACGCGCAGAAUGAGUGAUGGUGGAGAAAGGGAAACUAGUUCCUUUCGCAGAACAAGCGGUGGUGGAGAAAGAGAAACCAGAACAAGUGGUGGUGGAGAAAGGGGACAUUUGCAAUUUGCAGACUCGGCAUCAGCUGCCGCAGCAGCUGCAAAAUCUGCCAGUGAUGCAAUGGCGGCUGCACAAGUGGCUGCAUUUCUGGCCAACAAAGACUCCAAUCGGGCAUCUGCUAAUGAAUUUAAAACCCUUUCGAGCAAUUCCACCGGCCAACAAGGACCAGAUAGUCCAGCUCUUGACUCUUAUGACAUGGAUCAUCAAUAUGAAGCUGAGGGAAAAACACACUGGGCGGAGAGUUUGGACAGGUCAUAUUCUUCAAACAAUGACGUUAACCAUGGAGGAGAGGGGAAGAAUUUUGUCUAUAGACGAUACAGCUACAAUGCUGCACCAUCAGAAAAUUCAGGUAUCAAGUUUGAUGAAUCAGACACCGAUGAAGAGAUUGAAAUGGAAGCACCUCCUAGUGGGAAUUAUCAAGGGCCCGAGCGUCCUCCACCACCAGUACCAUCGGGAACUGUUAGGCAGGACUCACUUCAUCGCGUUCAUCCCAAAUUGCCUGAUUACGAUACACUUGCUGCUCGCUUUGAUGCCCUUAAGCAUCAUCACAAAUAAACAUGUAGUACAAGAUCAAGUGCAUCACUUUUGGUUGCUUGUAAAAUUCAUAUAUAGUUACUGGAUGCGUAGCCCAAUUCGCGAACACAAUGUUUGGACUGCUUAAGCACCAUAUUUUAGCCGUCUUGUAUAACUCAUAUGUUACAUGUUGGAUGCUUGUCGUUCUACCAUGUUGAUACUAAAUAAUACAAAUUACAGAUUUUGCUUAUGCAUCAAA